CGGCCGCCCCACCGCCGCUUUCCAGGACCGCGAACCGCACACAGCGGAACGAGCGGGCCGGGAACCAGCUCGGGUUCCAACCGCGUCGCGCGUCCCCGGCUCUGUUCCUCCGCCCCCGGGGGUCGUGCACCCACAAUGCCGCAAGGGCCCGGCUCGCUGCUGUUGCUGGUCCUCGCCUCUCACUGCUGCCUGGGCUCUGCGCGCGGGCUCUUCCUCUUCGGCCAGCCCGACUUCUCCUACAAGCGCAGCAACUGCAAGCCCAUCCCGGCCAAUCUGCAGCUGUGCCACGGCAUCGAGUACCAGAACAUGCGACUGCCCAACCUGCUGGGCCACGAAACCAUGAAAGAGGUACUGGAGCAGGCGGGCGCCUGGAUCCCGCUAGUCAUGAAGCAGUGCCACCCGGACACCAAGAAGUUCCUGUGCUCCCUCUUCGCCCCCGUCUGCCUCGACGACCUGGACGAGACCAUCCAGCCAUGCCACUCGCUCUGUGUGCAGGUGAAGGACCGCUGCGCCCCGGUCAUGUCGGCCUUCGGCUUCCCCUGGCCGGACAUGCUCGAGUGCGACCGCUUCCCCCAGGACAAUGACCUCUGCAUCCCACUCGCCAGCAGCGACCACCUCCUGCCGGCCACCGAGGAAGCUCCCAAGGUGUGUGAAGCCUGCAAAACUAAAAGCGAUGAUGACAACGACAUAAUGGAAACUCUUUGUAAAAAUGAUUUCGCGCUGAAAAUAAAAGUGAAGGAGAUAACCUACAUCAACAGAGACACCAAAAUCAUCCUGGAGACUAAGAGCAAGACCAUUUACAAGCUGAAUGGUGUGUCCGAGAGGGACCUGAAGAAAUCGGUGCUGUGGCUCAAAGACAGCUUGCAGUGCACGUGUGAGGAAAUGAACGACAUCAACGCACCCUAUCUAGUCAUGGGACAGAAACAGGGCGGGGAGCUGGUGAUCACCUCGGUGAAGCGGUGGCAGAAGGGGCAGAGAGAAUUCAAGCGCAUCUCCCGCAGCAUCCGCAAGCUGCAGUGCUAGUUCUGGCGUCCAGGUUGCUCCCGACGGGCCAGCGUCAGAGCUGGGCUCGCCAUUUCUGCUCCAGGACUUCAGCUCCCCUUUCCCAGUCACAGUCCAUGCAGCUCCACCCCGGCCUGGAGCUUCCCUCCUGCCUUUUGCACAUUUGCACCCCCAGCGAUUCCUGAGUUAUAUAAGACCCCAGGAGGCCUCAGGAAUGGAUAGCUGUUUUCACCUAAAGGAAAACCCACCCAAAUCUUGUAGACAUACUCAAACUAAUAAAAUCAUGACUAUUUUUAUAAAGUAUUAAAAUAGCUCACUGCAAAGCUAGAUACCAAUAGGUGCAACUGUGACUUGGGUCUGUUUGAGUCACUUGUUUUCACUUUCCACUGAGGUUGCCUUUGUGCAAAUUGCUUCGUUUUUCUAUGUAGCUCAAACUAUCAUGACUCACACAUCCUGUUGAGGUAAAGCUGGCUGUUAUCUCAACAUCUCUUUGAGCUCGAGCCUGAGACUUGGUGUCUAAGUUUUAUAGAAAUUCACCUGUCAUUUUACACCCUUGUUGGGGACUUAUAACUGUUGCAUGUAUUACAUUACCAGGUACAAUACUUCAUUGGUAAAAAGCACAUUAACCUUUAAACAUAACAUGAUUUCUUCAAAUAAAGGGCAAAAACAGAUAAAUGUUCUAUUUGACCUGAGUACUUUAAGCUUUGUUUAAGACAUUUUUUACCUAAUUUUCUAAUUAAACCAUUGUAGCUUACCUGUAAUAUACAUAGUAGUUUACCUUAAAAAGUUGUAAAAAUAUUGCUUUAACCAACACUGUAAAUAUUUCAGAUAAGCAUUAUAUUCUUGUAUAUAAACUUUACAUCC